UGUUUGGUAUGAGGUAAUGAGAGAAGGAAUGGAAUUAACCAUUCAGGGGUAAUAAAAAUAGGAAUGUUUGGUUGCUAAAAGGAAAGGAAUAAGCCAUUACUUACCUUAUUCCAUUCCCUCUAAAUAUGGCAAAAAGUAUUCCAGCGACCCCCCCUAUUUUUUUUUCAUUCCGUUCGGUAUUGAUAACACACUUCUCAAUUUUGCCCUCAUCCUCACCUAUUUUCCCUCGCUGAUUCAAUUCCUCUAAUCAAGGGAUCUCUGGUUAUAUAUUUCUUUCAUCUUCAUCAGCGAGCCUCUUCAUCAUUUGAACCCUAAUCACCAGUCACUUGUUUGGAUUUUCGUCAUCAAACACAAAAUCAGGUCUUGGAUUUUUACUGAAGUUAUGUCUAGACUUAAACUCAACCGACAAAAAAACAAAAAAAAACUAGCUGCAUUUUGUGCGAUGUGGCUUCAUAUACUAAACAUGGUUACCUGGUAUAUUCAAGCAAUACAAACUGUUAUUAGUAUACGUUUGGAUAUGUGUCCAACUAGGCCUCGCUACAAGAUGUUCUACCCCCAGAGAAAAGAAUACAUGCAUAGAUUAGUGUAUGAAAGUGACGACACAUGUCUUCAUCAACUAAGAAUGAAUAGGGCAACGUUCAUGACACUUUGUAACAAGUUGGAGAGUGAAGGAAAGUUGAAGGCGUCUAAGUAUCUCGAAGUAGAUGAACAAGUUGCAAUUUUCCUGUACGUUUUGGCACACCAUGUGAAGAAUCGAGUGGUGAAGUUUCAGUUUCACCGAUCAGGAGAGACUAUCAGUAAACAUUUCAAUAAUGUGUUAAAUGCUGUUAUACGAUUGGAAAAUGGUUUGUUUAAGAAGCCGGAGCCAAUAUUAGAAACUUCAACAGAUGAAAGAUGGAAAUGGUUCAAGGGAUGUUUAGGAGCAAUAGAUGGGACCCAUAUAAGCGUGCAAGUACCAGAGGAAGACAAACCGAGAUAUCGUAAUCGAAAAGGAGAAAUAACAACUAACGUCCUUGCUGCUUGCACGCCUGACAUGCAGUUCAUUUAUGUAUUACCAGGCUGGGAAGGAUCUGCUGCUGAUGGUAGAAUACUUCGUAGUGCUAUGAUUCGAGAGAAUGGAUUGCAAGUGCCUAAAGGUAACUACUAUCUUGUUGAUGCCGGGUACACCAACGGAGAGGGAUUCCUUGCUCCAUUCCGAGGUCAAAGAUAUCAUCUGAAUACUUGGCUACAAGGGCAAAGACCGGAAAAGCCUGAAGAGUAUUUCAACAUGAAGCACUCAGCUGCAAGGAAUGUCAUCGAACGAUGCUUUGGCGUUUUGAAGAAAAGAUGGGCAAUACUUAGAAGCCCAUCUUUCUAUCCGAUCAGAACACAAAAUAAAAUUAUACUCGCAUGUUGUCUUUUGCAUAACUUUAUUCGAAGAGAAAUGGCAUAUGAUCCUUUUGAUGAUGAUGAAUUUAUUGACACAAAUAAUGAUGCAGAUGACGAAGAUCUUGGCUCACAUGUAGACCAUAUUACAACAGUUGGGACCUCGAAUGAAUGGACAAACUUUAGACAAAAUUUGGCAACAUCUAUGUUCAAUGCAUGGACAUCUAGACAUCAUUGAUUAAUUAGAUUAUUAUGUUUUUAGUUAUGCUAUUUUAGUAAUGUUUAUUAAAUGGAUUUUCUUAGAAUAAAUUUGAAUGCUUUUUGUGUUUCUUAUCUUAUAUUUGUUAUUUACACACCAUUUGAAUGUUUUUAUUAUUUAUACAAAAUUGCUAUUUUUUGUGUGAAGAUAUGGAAUCACAGCUCGAUUCUGAAAGGGGUCCAGGAAAAAAUAAAAAAAAAUGGAAUGAAGAUGAAGAUGAGAAGCUUGUUGCAGCUAUGCUUGAUGUGCUCAAUUCAGGUUCUAAUUACAAAUCCGGUAAUGGGUUUAAACCGGGCUUCUUUAGUGCAGUUGAACGACAAUUAGCAAUAUCACUUCCCGGAGCUGGCAUAAAAGCCAAGCCACAUAUAGAGUCGCGUGUAAAGACAAUGAAGAGUGAUUGGUCUGCUGUGCAUGAUAUGCUAGCAUGGAACAAUACAAGUGGUUUUGGUUGGGAUUACAAUAAUGGCAUGCUUGAGGCUCCCCCACCUGUUUGGCAAGCUUAUAUACAGGUGCACAAAAAUGCCGCAAAAUGGAGAUCAAAGAAAUUUCCUCAUUACUGGGACUUAUGUAUUGUGUUUGGCAAGGAUCGGGCAAAUGGGAGAGAUGCCCAAACAGCCGCUGAUAUUAUUUCCGAUAUCACCAGAGAUGAACCAGAGUCAGAGGCUACUGUGGAUGGACUAGAUGAUGUGGAUCUUAACCAACCACUAAAUAGCCCUUCGUAUGAAGCUUCUAGAGAAGACUCAAGUAUACAGCGAAAGAGGAAGAGGCGUAACAGUUGGGAUCCUCUAAUGAGUAGCUUGAAAGAGUCGGCAGAAAUAAUUGGUGCGGAGAUUAGGGAGGCUACAAAUACUUUCAAUAGAGUUUUUGGAACUGAGAGCAAUAGAGAGGAACUACGUAACAAUCUUUUUGCGGAGAUGAACAAAGUUGUGGGUUUGACUACUCGUGAAUGCGACAAGGCUAUAUGUAAGCUCGCACAAAACGAAGACUUAAUGGUAAUCUUUUUUAAGGUUGAUGAAGAACGCAAAUUUGGAUGGGUAAAGACUAUGCUUGAAGAUAUUGCUUGACGUGAUAUGCGAUGACUUUUGGAUUAUUUUUAAUUUUUUAUUUUGCAGAUCUUGGAUGAUUUGAAUUAUUUUUGGUUGGAAACUAUUGAAUAAAAUUUGAAUUAUGUUAGUUAAA